AUGUAUUUUGCUGUUUUUUUGCGGUUCGGUUCGGUUUUCGAUUCUGACUAUGAAAACCCUAACCGAACCGAAUCGAACCGGAGAAUCUCGACGUCGACGGUGAGAGACCGUUCCUCCCAGGCUCCCACCACCUCGAAGCCUUCCUCCCAACGCCGAAGCCGUUUCACCCACUGCUCCCAAGACAUUUUCACCCAACAGUGCACCACGGUCCACGAAGCCCCAGCCACAGCCAGCACCACCGUCACAGGCUCGCACCCAGCGGACAGAGCACCGUUUCCAGCGCUAGCAGUAGCAGAGCACGACCCUCGCAGUCUCGCACCCAAUAGAGCACCACCCUCGCCAGUCGCCACCCACAACACAGCACCCACCAGUCACCGAUUCAAGUCUCCCACUCAGUCAUUGAUUCAACACAGCAUCCAAUCAGAUCUCAAUUAACUUAGAACAAUUUGAUUGUUUGUCUCUUUCACCUGUGCUUAGUGGUUAUUGAUUCAUUAUUCGGUU